AUGUCCUCCGACGAAGCUCAAGUUCAGAUCGGUGGCUCGGACAAGGCCAUUUGGCUCUCUUACGCAAAAGGGGUCCAGCAACAGAUAGUCCCAACAGGCCUCGGUGCCAAUGAUGUCCUAUACGUUUGCCCGCCGACCUAUGUCAGCCUUGGUGUGAACGACAGGGCAGAGGACAUCAACCGCGAUGUUGAAAAGAACGCCGGCGCAAUGCUUCCGACUACAGCCAGUGCACUGUUUGUUCCAUCAUCUGCAAGCGAGCGCUAUUUCCUGCGUCUUCGAACUCUCUCCAAUUGUAUCAACCCAACACCAUCUAAUAUGACUGUCGCUGCAGAUAUCCAGGCCAAGAUUAAUGAAGCUCGCACUGACAAGGAAUCUGCUGAGACCGAUUACACGAACGCUACCCACAAGGCUUGGGACGAUUACUCUGCAUACCUCCAAAAGGCAAAGAGACAGCAUCAGCAGAAAGUUCUCGAAUACAAGACUUGGUCGGAAACCAAUGCCUCCGAUCUUGGUGAUUACAGGAUCGGUGUCGCGAAUGCUACGUCGUCGUACCAUAGCCUCCUUAAAAAUACCUACGGUCAGCAGGUUCAAAACAUGAUCGACGUUCAAGUAUCGAUUGCCAAAGCUAUCGACGAAGAGAAACAUCCAGGGUUCAAUAUGCCUACUAUAUUUGCUGAUGUCGCAUCCGACAAGGCAAUCAACAAGGACGAUAUUGCCUACGUCCCAGCUUAUAGCUUGAGCGGCUAUGGCGACUUACUUACCAAGUGGAAGAAAUCCAGCAACACCAAUUACCACAACAUCAGCGUGUCUGUCAACAACAGUAAGAAUCUAUCAUGGACUUCCUUCGGCCACUCGGAGAGUCUCAGCGAUACCAAAAAGAAGGUCUGGAUCGUCUUCAAUGAAAGCUCCAGCUCCGAGGAGAAAGAUAAGCAUUCCGCCGAGCAGUUGGAGGACCAGCUCAACAAAGUCGACUUCAAUCUCAAGGUCAAGGAAUGGGCCACCAUCCCCAUCACCCGCGGGAACUGGGACCACCCUAACAUUCGCAAGAACUUCAAGUUUGUCAGCGACACGCCCGCCGAGGAGGACUAUGUCGUCCCCACAGCGAUGCUCAUCGGCUACGGCGUCGGCCUCGAGGCAACGUUCCAGAGCGAAGCCAAGAAAUCCGCCAAGGAUGCUAUUGAUCAUUUUAGCAAGACCGCCGAGUCUGGGAUGAGAAUUUUGGGUAUCAAUAUCCAGCCUUCCAAGUCCAACAUGAGCAGCUCUUCUACGUCCAAGAGCGAUGUUAAGUUCGAUUCUGAAAAUGGAAAAAUCUCUAUUAGUCCGGAAAAUAACCUGUAUGUCACUGUGUAA